CAGUGAUCAGGAGUUCUUCCUUCCUGAGAAAGAAAGGAACUAAACAAUCAGAAAACAAAAUGAAAAUGUCGCGAAAAUCAAUCAUACUACUCACUACAGUCUAUUAUUACAUCCUGCUUUUCUCCCCACUGCUCAACUUGCUUGUGUUGCCGGCAAAUGCUUCCAGCAGCAGUGCGAAUGAAACCGAUCGACUUGCCUUGAUCGAAUUCAGAAAAGCAAUAACCAGCGACCCAUAUGGGUUUUUCCAGUCGUGGAACGAUUCAGUCCAUUUCUGCAACUGGGCGGGGAUUUCCUGUGGAGGCAACCCUGCAGGAUUGCAAAGAGUCAGAUCUCUGGAGAUUAAUCAGCAAGACCUGGUAGGCAUUCUGUCUCCACACAUAGGAAACCUCAGCUUCCUUCAGGCUAUCAGCCUGGAUAACAACACCUUCAAGGGCGGGAUUCCGGCGGAAAUCGGAAACCUAUUUAACCUCCAGGAGCUAAAUAUCACCAGGAAUUCUCUCGAUGGAGAACUUCCUGACAACAUAACACAGUGCUCUGAGCUCAGGAUUAUCAGAUUGCACUUAAAUCACUUACAAGGGAGGAUACCUCUGGGGAUAGGUUCCUUAUCAAAGCUCGAGGUUUUCAGGAUCAACUACAAUAACAUGACCGGAGAGAUUCCGGCUUCGGUUGGAAACCUGUCGAACCUGAUAGAGUUUGCAGUGUCAUUUGUCAACUUGGCUGGAACAAUUCCAGAGAGCUUAGGCAACCUGCGCAGCUUGUACUCCAUCUCUCUAGCCGGCAACCAACUGACCGGUCCGAUUCCUCGAUCCUUAUUUAAUAGUACGACACUCAGAAUCAUUGCCCUUCCUUGGAAUCAAUUCUCGGGUAGUUUGCCGGAGGAUAUAGGCUUCACCGUACCGAAUCUCCAGCAGUUCGCUAUUUCCAAGAACAAAUUCGUGGGCCAAGUUCCCAAAUCAUUCUGCAAUGUCACCGGGUUACAGAUGCUGGACAUGAACAAGAAUGGUUUCACAGGACGGAUUCCCAAUUGUCUCGGGAAUUUGGCCAGAUUCACCUGGCUAUCGGUUGCAGUGAAUCGUCUCGGCAGUUAUUCCGCAGCGGACUUUGAGUUCUUGACUGGAUUGCAGAAUUGUACCCAGCUACAAUUGUUUGUCAUAAGUGGUAACAACUUUGGAGGUAAUUUACCGGACUCCAUAGCUAACCUCUCAGUCCAGCUCACUAGACUUAGCGUUGCGCAUAAUCAGCUGACAGGAGAAAUCCCUUCCGGCCUGGAGAAAUUCAUCAACUUGAACGACCUGGAACUGAAUGAUAACCUCUUCCGAGGCAUGAUUCCCUCUUACUUCAGCAAGUUUCCGAACUUGCAAAGCUUGCACUUGGAAGGAAAUCAGCUAUCGGGACAAAUUCCGGCCACCAUCAACAACCUGACUCAGUUGUCAGUGCUCGAUGUCUCGGACAACAGACUAGAAGGCGUUAUUCCCUCAGGUAUCAGAUCGUUUGUGCAUUUGAACUACCUGGACGUUUCGGGGAACACUUUUUUCGGCACUAUCCCUGGCGAGGUCUUCAGUCUUCCUUCCUUGACUAAACUAUUGAACCUGUCGAACAAUGUGUUCACUGGCAACCUGCCUCCAGAAAUUGGGAAGUUACAUUCCCUAAUCGCUUUGGAUGUUUCUCAUAAUUUGCUGAUGGGGCCAAUUCCAAACAGCAUAGGGGAUUGCAAGAGCUUGGAGUAUCUGUACUUGCAAGGGAAUUCCUUCAAUAGGUCAAUCCCUCCAUCUUUAGCUUCAUUGAAAAGCCUUGAAGUGCUGGAUCUUUCCCUCAACAAUUUAAGAGGAGAGAUUCCGCUGGAUCUCCAGAACAUUAGCGCUAUCCAGUAUCUGAAUCUUUCCUUCAAUCACCUAGAAGGCCAGGUGCCAAGGGAAGGUAUCUUUUCAAAUGCAAGUAACGUAUCAUUAGUGGGAAAUACUAUGCUUUGCGGAGGUGUGUUGGAUUUCCAUCUCCCGAAAUGCCCAACUUAUAAAGUUGUCCAGCGCCAUGGUAUUAAUUCUCGUGGACUGAGAAUCUCACUGACAGUUAUUUCUGUUUUAGUGGGUCUUGUCUCAAUGCUAAGCCUUCUACUGAUCUUGAAGGCGAGAAUGUGGAAGAAGAAGCCGUCGUUUGAAUAUCCAAUAUUGCCCACCUUUAUGAGGGUCUCUUACAGAGACCUGAGCAGAGCAACUGACGGAUUCUCUUCCUAUUGUUUAAUUGGGUCUGGCAGCUUUGGCGUCGUCUACAAAGGUAAACUAAAUGAAACCGAACCACCAGUAGCUAUCAAAGUGCUGAAUCUAGAGCAAAGGAAGGCUUACAAGAGCUUGGCGGCGGAAUGCAAUGCACUGAGAAGCAUUAGGCAUCGGAAUCUCGUCAGGGUUGUGUCCUUCUGCUCCAGCUUGGACAACAAUGGCAACGAAUUCAGAGCUCUGGUAUUCGAGUACAUGCCGAAUGGGAACUUGGAGAAGUGGUUGCACCCCAUGGAUGGUUCACUGAGUUUAAGCCUCAUUCAAAGACUAAACAUCGCGAUAGACGUAGCAUCCGCGCUACACUAUCUUCACGACCUAUGUGAAACCUCGAUAGUUCAUUGUGACUUGAAACCAAGCAAUGUGCUGCUCGAUGAAUCCAUGGUUGCUCAUUUGUGUGAUUUUGGCAUUGCAAGGAUACUUUCCGCCGAGGACGCAUCCUUAUCUAGCACCAUUGGCAUCAAAGGAACAAUUGGGUAUACCCCUCCAGAGUAUGGAAUGGGCAGCGUAGCUUCGAAAGAAGGCGAUGUCUACAGCUUUGGUAUCCUACUAUUGGAAUUGUUCUCCGGGAAAAGACCUACUGACCAAAUGUUCGGAGAAGGCCAGAAUCUCAGAGAAUUUGUGAGGGCGGGGCUGCCAGAUCUGAUAUCCGUCGUAUUGGAUCCGCUGCUUUUACCAGGUGGUGGAGACGGAAUUGAACCCACGGAGGGAGAAGGCAGCAGCAGCAAUGAGAUCACCGAAGCAGCCGCAGUGCGGCAAAGAGACAGUAACUCGACAGACGAGAGGCUCAUGAGGUCGAGUCAAUACCGCAAUUGCAUGAUUUCAGCGGUGGAAAUCGGAAUAGCUUGCUCGUUGGAGUCGCCGGCGGAGCGGAUGAAGACGGCGGAAGUUUCCCUGAAGCUGCAAUCCAUCAGAGAAGUUUUUCUGGCGAGCACCGUCCGUCGAUCGAGAGCAAGGCCUGCUCUGGAUCCAGCGUAAACAGGGAAGCUCCCGCCUGCUCGCUUCUUGUACAAGGUCAAGGACGAUUCUUCAUUCCAAAAAUCAUACUCUUCUAAUCGGCCGGUCUCGAUGGCUUCAUAUAAAACCGAUUGGCGGCAGUUCUGAAUAUCACCGUCUCUCAGCAACCCGAUUGCGACGCAUUCCUGCUCUUCCCGCCGAAAGAAGCGAAGGGUGACCGGAAUCAAAUGACUGAAAGGGU